UGUCAGCUGGGCAGGACACUGCAAAGAUGGUGAUCUUCAGUGUGUAUGUUGUCAAUAAGGCUGGAGGUUUAAUCUACCAAUAUGACAACUACGUCCCGAGAGCCGAGGCUGAGAAAACAUUUAGUUAUCCUUUAGAUCUGGUGCUAAAGCAUCACGACGAAAAGGUCAUUGUGUCGUUUGGACAACGUGACGGAAUCAGAGUUGGCCAUGCAGUGCUGUCAAUCAAUGGAGUUGAUGUUAAUGGAAAGAACACAGCGGAUGGGAAGGACAUUCUCGAGUACUUCAAAGAUCCUGCAAAUUAUCCAGUGUCUAUACGUUUUGGACGUGCUCGCCUGAGCUCCAAUGAGAAGCUGAUGCUGGCGUCUAUGUUCCAUUCGUUGUUUGCUAUAGGAUCACAGUUGUCCCCUGAAGUUGGUAGUUCGGGGAUUGAGAUGCUAGAAACAGAUGUCUUCAAACUCCACUGCUUCCAGACUCUCACAGGAAUUAAGUUUAUUGUGCUGGCAGACCCUCGUCAGUCUGGGAUUGAUGCACUGUUGAGGAAGAUUUAUGAAGUUUAUUCUGAUUUUGCGCUCAAGAACCCAUUCUAUUCUCUGGAAAUGCCAAUCAGGUGUGAGCUGUUUGACCAGAACUUGAAGAGUGCACUCGAGGUUGCAGAGAAGGCUGGGAACUUUGGAGCUGGAUCUUGAAUUGGAGAAGACUUCAUAAAAUAAACAACACUCAGUUUGCUUGUACGUAAUAUUAACUAACAAACAUUACAAACAUAUUAACUGAAUCUUUGUUGGUUAUGUUCAGCUGCUGAGAAAGAAAAAAAAAAUGUUUUUUUUUGUUUCUGUUCACUGAAACCUUGUAAAUAUAUCAUGUUUUGUAUAUGUUUAAAGAUUAAAAUGGCAUAAUAUAAACACA